AUGGGGAGGCAAGGAGCAUCGGAAGCUGUCUUCAUCGCCCUGAAUUACAUCAUCACGAUUCUGGGGAAGAUAUGGCUGGUUCUAAUGGUCUUCCUACGUUUAUCAGUCUUGUUCUUGGCUGGCUAUCCACUCUACCAGGAUGAGCAGGAGAGAUUUGUGUGUAACACGAUCCAGCCUGGCUGUGCCAACGUGUGUUACGAUAUAUUUGCACCCCUGUCACUGUUCCGCUUCUGGCUGGUCCAGCUUACAUCCCUUAUCCUGGUUCAUGCUGUAUUUAUUAUCUAUGUGAUCCACAAAGUUACAUCCAGCCUACCUCAUCCUAAUGCCUCUCACAGAAUGAAAUUUCGGUCUUCCUGUAUGAUUAAACAGAAACCUUUCCAUGAAGCAUCUCUAUCAAAGUCUAGUGUAAAAGCGGGUGUAAGACGGCUGCCUUGUUUCACAGGAGCCUACAUCUUUCACCUUUUGGUCCGGAUCCUUCUGGAAGUUGGGUUUGGAGCCACGCAUUACUAUUUGUUUGGCUUCUACAUCUCGAAGCGCUUCAUGUGUCAGCAUGCUCCUUGCACCACCAUGGUGGACUGCUAUAUAUCCAGACCCACUGAGAAGACAAUCAUGCUGAAUUUCAUGCUGGGGUUGUCUGCCCUGUCCCUCCUUCUCAGUCUGUUUGAUCUCAUCUGUGCAAUUAAGAAGUCAGUUAGGCAGAGGAGCAAGAAGAAAAUGAUGGUGGAGAAGAUGUAUGAGGAGGAGCAGCGAUACUUCCUGGCAGAAAGUGGAGCCACCAUUGUUGACCUUGGUGACCCUGAACAUCAAGCCUUGCUGGUCAACGGAAGCUUCCGUAAGAGAAUCAGCAAAGCCUGUGUGGAUGAUGAUGCCUCCUUGCAUUUAGAAGAUAAAAGUCAUCCAGGCAUCCUUCAUGGAGGAACCCCUAUAGGUAUCACUCUUGGUGUACCCAGUGCUAUCAGUGGUAAUGGAUCAGCUGGUUGUUACCCAGUGGUACAGGAUGUGGUAACUGAGCAAGAGGGCAGUGAAGUGGCACUGUGUCCAUCUGAGCCAGCAGGUACGCCCAGGUCCAUACGGGUCAACAAGCGUAGUCGCCACAAACCCAUGCCACCUCCCAGGCGAGACAAGCCACAAUGUGAAGGGCUGCUGGAUAGUUCUGGAGCAGUGGCAGCUUGUGAAAGGAUAUCGGGGCAAUCCAUGUUGGCGGAUGUAAGUACCGAUAGUGACCUGUUAUCCACUGGUGGAGACGGAUACGAGAAAAGGUCAGCGUGGGUCUGA